AUGGCCGCCACUGACGGCUUUGUGAUGACCAUUGACUCUGACGGCGAGGACGUACCAUUUACAUCCAAGUCGGGAAAGGGCGUUCAGACAAACGCAGAGGAUGCUCAACUCAACCCGGAAUUCGUGUUUGAUUUGACGGGUGAUCCCUAUGCGGACUUUCUUGGAAAAUCCUUGGAUUUGCAAGAUUUAGUCAAGAAGGGUUCUAAACCGGCACCAAUAUCUGUUGAUGAUAUUAUAGCUCGAAGAAAGCUCAAAUCACCCUCGCAAAAGAGGAAACGUGAUGCUUCAGAUGAUGACAGCGAAGAGUCCUCGAGCGAAGCGACGGGAAGCGAGCACAGCAAAGAGGAAAGUGAGUCGGAGGUAGAGGAGUUCGCUGGCCUGGCAGGAAGCGAAAACGAGGAAGAUCCUCUAGCAACAUCUGAUGAAGAAGACGAAGAAAAGCAGUCUGGAGAUGAUUCUGUGACUGAGGACGAAGGUGAGAGGGACGCCUCGUCCGACGAUGAAUCAGAGCCAGAAACCCAAGCGGAGAAGGAGCGCAAGGCUGCUUUCUUCGCCUCGGACAUCGCUCCUCCGGAGGAACAUUCUUCAUUCCUAUCAAUGAACCUAUCCAGGCCAAUCAUCAAGUCCAUAACCAACCUUGGAUUCCGCGCUCCCACCCCCAUACAGUCAGCCACCAUUCCCGUGGCAUUACUAGGGAAGGACGUCGUCGGAAAUGCAGUAACAGGGUCUGGGAAAACGGCGGCGUUCAUCAUUCCCAUGCUAGAGCGACUUAUGUAUCGCGAACGAGGCAAGAAAGCUGCUGCAACGCGGUGUCUAGUGCUUGUGCCAACGAGAGAGUUGGGUGUGCAGUGCUUCGAAGUCGGUACCAAGUUGGCUGCUCACACAGACAUACGGUUUUGUCUGGUCGUCGGUGGUUUGUCUGUGAAGGCUCAAGAAACUACUCUGCGUACUCGGCCGGAUGUUAUUAUUGCUACCCCUGGUCGUUUGAUCGACCACCUCAGAAACUCACCAUCCUUCACUCUCGAAGCUCUUGAUAUACUUGUUCUGGACGAAGCGGAUAGGAUGCUGUCGGAUGGAUUUGCCGCCGAAUUGACCGAAAUCAUCGAGUCCUGUCCUCCGUCGCGGCAAACGAUGCUAUUCUCUGCAACUAUGACAGAUUCCGUCGACGAACUAGUCAGGAUGUCCCUUAACAAACCUGUACGACUAUUUGUCGAUCCCAAGCGUACUACCGCUCGUGGCUUGAUCCAAGAAUUUGUACGUAUCAAGGCUGGCAAGGAAGCUGAGCGAUCAGCAGUCCUGGUGGCCCUGUGCAAGAGAACCUUCAAGUCGGGCGUCAUUAUCUUCUUUCGCAGCAAGAAACUUGCGCAUCAGAUGCGAAUUGUGUUCACUUUACUGGGUAUGAAGUGUGACGAACUGCACGGCGAUUUGAGUCAGGAACAACGCCUGAAAGCGCUGCAGCAAUUCAGAGACGCUGCCGUUGAAUAUUUGAUGGCGACUGACUUAGCGUCGCGCGGUUUGGACAUCAAGGGUAUUGAGACAGUCAUUAACUACGACAUGCCCGGCCAGCUUGCUCAGUAUCUGCACAGAGUAGGUCGAACUGCUCGCGCAGGAUUGAAAGGACGGUCGGUAACACUGGUUGGCGAAGCCGACCGUAAGUUGCUCAAGCUUGCGAUCAAGCAUGCGUCUGCUGAAGACAAGGUUCGACACCGCCAAAUACCCCAAGAAGCUGUUGCAAAGUGGUCUCUCAGACUUGAUGGGCUGAAGAAAGAGGUAUCCGAGAUCCUCCAGGAAGAGAAAGAGGAAAAGCAACUUCGCCAAGCUGAGAUGGAACUUAAGAAGGGUCAGAACAUGAUUGAGCACGAAAAAGAGAUAUUUGCGCGUCCCGCAAGAACAUGGUUCCAGUCCGGUGCUGAGAAGGCGAAGGCUGAAGCUGUGAGCAGACAACAAUACGAGACUGGCUUCAACGCAGCAAAACGAGGCGGAGAGAAGAAGGUGGCUGCUGACAAGCCCAAACGAGACAAAUUUGCAGGCCUUUCGAGACGAGUGAAACGUCGUAAGAUGGCCCUGGAAGAGGACGAGGCCGGUGAGAGCGGUGCGAUCCGAGCAGCUGUCCGGUCAGCGAAGAAGACCGCGCGACCUGCGAAGAUUGGUGAACCGGAGCGACAGUUUAGCAGGAAGAAAGAAAAGAAGGAGAAGUCGGGCAAGAGACGGGUUGGUGGAGGUUCAUUCGAUAAAGAAAUGGGGCAGAAAACUGCCAGGGAGGGUGUGCGAGCGAAAAGGGGAGACAUUGUCGGUGGAAUGGGUGGAAAGAAGGGUGGAAAGCGGCAAACAAAAUAG